AUGGCGGUGCUUCUGGCAUCGCGACGCUCAGUCGCAACUAAGUUACGUUUUCUGCUUCGUCAGCGCACCCUCCGUGACCGAAUUCCAAUACCGCACUUCACCUUUAAUGUGGGAGCCUACAACGAUGCAGAAUGCUUGUCCAAGUUCCGUUUUGUCCGCGCCGACAUCAACCUCCUUGUUCGUUGCUUUCAACUCCCACGAGUGAUCGUCACACAUGAGAGGACACGGUGCAGUGCUGUCGAAGCUGUCUGUAUCCUGCUGUGCCGUUUUGCCGUGUCGGACCGAUUGAUCGUCAUCAUCGAUGUCUUUGGAAGGUCCCCCAGCGCCCAGUCCAACAUCAUGUUGUUCGUCGUCGACCACCUCCAUUCCAGGUUCAAGAAAACUUUGUUCCUCGACCGCGACCGCAUUGCACCUCAGCUACGACGGUUCGCCACUGCCAUCAAGGAAAAGGGCGCUGAAAUCCACAACGUUUGGGCAUUCAUCGACGGCACAGUGCGAGCCUGUACACGUCCAACAAAUGGGACAAUGCAGCGUUGUGUGUACAAUGGGCACAAGCGAAAACAUGCGUUGAAGUUUCAGACGUUGGUGACGCCUGACGGUAUCAUUGCUCAUGUAUUUGGCCCAGUGGAAGACCGGCGGUACGAUUUGACGAUUUUGCGGCGGUCCCAACUCGAACGCGUCUUGCGAAUGGACCCCCGAUUUGAUGGCUUCAUCAUUCAUGGGGACUCUGCUUACGGUAAAUCGGCGCAUUUUGCGUCUCCAUUUGCUGACGCCAACGUUAACCCAGCUCAAGUAUGUUGUCAAGAAGAGCAUGAGCCAUGUUCGGGUUAG